AGAUUGAAUUGGCGCUUGUAUAACUCUCAUAAAUGAAGCUAAUAGAGCUUCUCAUUAUCUUAUCUGUCCUACAAUGGUCUUCUGAACAGGAAAAAUUUCUAGAUGAAGAAAAGCAGCAACCACCAGUGGAAGCAGCAGAAGAAACGACCACUCCUGCCUACAGCGAAACUCAAGGCCUUAAACGACAAGGAGCUAUAAGAAGAAAGGCAAUGGGAAGCGAAUUUAAUAUACCCGAGACACUGGCAUAGGAGCAGCAAAUGUCACUCAUGUGUAUAUGAAGUGUCGUUGAUCUGCCCAAAAAUAUCAACUCUGCAAAUGCAAUAGCUGUGCAAAGCAAAAUAUAUUCUUCAUUUGCUUAUGUGAUUAUUAUAAUAGCUUGUAAUUACUUGUAACAGAAUAGUCG